AUGGAUGACUUUCAUGUCUCUAGCAACUCUCCACUGGCUUCGCAGAUGUCCCCAGAAUAUGACGCAUCAAAAGCUCCGUAUCUUUCAUUACCGAAAUCAGGUAUAGAAAGGUCUCUUGACGAAUGUUAUUAUAAAGUUAGAGCGACUAUUGAAGGGAUGGCGAACGAUAUCCUGCGACUUGGAAACCCGAGAUCUGGACACAUCAUCACACGAUGGGACCUUCAACAAGUCCAGAUCGAUGUGACCGGCACUAUAUUCAAGCCUCACCCGUAUGUCAGCCUUUUCGGAGAGGACUCCGAAUGUAAUACCAAUCAAUACAUAUACGCUCCUGUCAUCACAAUUCCUCUUCCACGUAGUGUUCUGGCUACGGACAGCCGGGUUAAACUACUCAGAGAUGCACUGUUAUACGAUGAGAGCGGCGAGUUUAGGGGUCCCCGUGGGAUUCCGUUUCGGCAACAUCCAGUAUACAGGCAGUUUACUCUAGAAUUCAUAAACCCAUACUCUACUUCGACAGCGCCUAGUAGGAGUCUAUGGUGCCCAUCAACUGCGGUCUACCUGCCCGACCCAAGAGCAAUGUUCAGCGAAGAGUACGCAGCAUUUAUUCUCCACGACACAUGGGAUGCGGCAGGUCUUCGGGAUUGGAGUUCUCUCUGCAAGAAGGCUCGUAAAUCACAUGAGAAGCAAGUUCUAUCAAAGGCAAGCAAAUAUGAAGAUGAAGGGGGACAAGAUGGAGAGACAGGUGUUCCAGAAGGGCUUCCAGACUACGGCUCGGAUCCCGUCGAACGUAUCAGUUCCGCCAAGCCGUCGCCUUCGAUCUGCACACAGGGUAGCGACUCUUUACUCGACGAGCCCGGGAGAGUCGAUAAGGGAGACGACAUUGCUCAGAAUGACUUACUCCAGCAGAGGUUCAGAAAUGCCCUAAAAAGGUAUCCUGUUCACACGCUCAACAAAUUGAAAGUACACCUUAGAACAAUCUUCAAGGCGUUCGCAUGUUUCGCGGAAGAAGAGCUUCGAAUAAGACUAGGAUUGACGGAGAAACUGGACAUAGAGUUUAAGUUGAAGCGCUCACCCGCCGACAACCAAGAGAAGUGGUGCACGGUUGUUGCGACUUGGAUUAUCGUACGCGUCGAAGACGUCCUUCGACAGUACGAACGUGGUAUAAACUGUACUGGGAUCUCAUGGACGCAUCUUUUGGUGGUAGUAUUAAUCUUCGAGCCUAUAGACGACCAAGGUAAACCGUACAUACAUUACACUACUCCGAAGAUGGUGUUCUUGUUGACAGCCGACAAGGAGAAUUGCGUCCUUCACAACACUAUGAUACCUGGUGAAGCAGAGGCGAUUUACACGCAGAGGAUAAAGCCGAAAGCAUCUGAGGACUUAUGA